CAAUAGAGUAUGAUUACUAUUCAUGUGUUCAAGGUUAUUAUUGGCAUUGGCCUUGACCUUUCCCAUUUGAUGUCAUCACCCAGAGUUGUAACUGGGCUGUAUCACUUUGCUGUGUUUGUACAUGGCUGUACACCUUUUAUUUAUUAGGUUAAAAGUAAUAUUGAAUUGCGUGUGGGCAUUCCUUGUCAAGUUACUACACACUGUAAACACCUAAACCAACCAAAGCUAUGUAAAUUAUAUGCUACGAUUGGAGAAGAACACCCCUUCUUGUGUCCACGCCUUCUGGUGCAGUCAAUGUACGGGUGAACGUCUGUGUUCUAAUACAGUGCGCUGUCAAUGACAAGAUGGGAGUGAGUGAAUCUAUGAAGUGUCUUUUAUUCUACCUCUGCAUCUGUAGUCAUGUUUCUACUGUGGACGCGUGGGAACUCACCCUGCUUCAUACCAACGACGUCCACGCAAGGGUUGAGGAGACGAGCAACAGUUACGGCAAAUGCACCAAGCCUCCGUGUUUUGCCGGUGUGGCAAGGAGGUUUACGAAAAUACAGGAGAUCCGGAGCCGAGAGAAGAACGUGAUGCUGCUGGACGCAGGCGACCAAUUUCAGGGAACCGUUUGGUUUAAUGUAUAUAAGGGAGCCGAGGCUGCCUAUUUUAUGAAUAAACUUGGCUACGAUGCGAUGGCUCUGGGGAAUCAUGAGUUUGACAAUAACGUGGAGGGACUUAUCAAGCCAUUUCUCCAGGAGGUGAAAUGCACAGUCCUCAGUGCUAACAUCAAAGCAGAUGACACACUUGCCCCACACAUCAGCGGUCUUUAUUUCCCAUAUAAGAUAUUUGAUGUCGGCUCUCAGAAAGUGGGCGUGGUUGGAUACACUUCAAAGGAAACACCUGCCCUGUCACAAACCGGACCUAACUUAGUGUUUGAGGAUGAGAUUGAUGCCCUUCAGCCCCAGGUCGACAAACUCAUCACCCUGGGGGUCAACAAGAUCAUUGCCCUCGGUCACUCUGGCUUCGUUACGGACAAAGAAAUAGCCAAAAGGGUGAAGGGUGUGGAUGUGGUCAUUGGAGGACACAGCAACACAUUUCUGUACACAGGAGAGAAACCUUCCUCUGAGGUUCCGGCAGGUCCUUAUCCCGUCAUGGUGAAAUCAGAGGAUGGGCGGGACGUCCCUGUGGUGCAGGCCUUUGCUUUUGGGAAAUAUCUGGGUUACCUCAAGGUGACAUUUGAUGAGGCUGGCAAUGUGGUCCAGUCUACAGGCAACCCCAUCCUGCUGGACAGCUCUGUACCAGAGGACCCCAGUAUUCUUGCUGACGUAAAUGAGUGGAAAAAGGCCCUAGCAAAUUACUCCUCUCAGUAUGUGGGGGAGACCCUGGUGUAUCUCAAUGGAACGUUUGAAGAAUGCAGGUUCCGAGAGUGCAACCUGGGAAACCUAAUUUGCGACGCUAUGGUACACCACAACAUUAAAUAUGCAGAUGAGCUUCAGUGGAACCAUGUCAGCUCCUGCAUCAUCCAAGGGGGAUCAAUACGGUCAUCCAUAGAUGAACGCAGCCGAAAUGGUUCCAUCACAAUGGAAGACCUGAUUACUGUGUUGCCAUUUGGAGGCACCUAUGAUCUUGUGCAGCUGAAGGGCUCCACUCUGAGGAAAGCUUUUGAGCACUCUGUCAGGAGAUAUGGAGGGAACACAGGGGAAUUCCUUCAAGUAUCAGGAUUCCAUGUAGAGUAUGAUAUGUCAAGGCCCCCAGGGGAGCGUGCCAGGAGUAUCAGUGUGCUCUGUACGAACUGCCGGGUGCCUGUCUAUGAGCCACUGGACGACAGCAGACUAUACAAGGUGGUCCUGCCCUCCUACCUGGUGGAAGGAGGAGACGGAUUCUCCAUGAUCAAAGAGGAGAAGCUAAAACACGACAGUGGUGACAUGGACAUUUCGGUGGUGGCCAGCUACAUUACUGAGAGGAAGAAGGUGCAUCCAGCUGUAGAAGGACGUAUCAAGAUUUCCAACUCAAAUUCAGGAGGAUCUGGACACACAACUCUGUUAAUCCUGAUAGGGCUGGUGAUAGCUCUGUCUAGGAGCCUAUGAGAUCCCUGCCUGCAACGCUAGCUCGCCAUUGGACGUGUUCUUCCCAGCAUCCAAGGGAAGAGCUCAACUCUAGUUAGUCUAGUGAGAGUACAAAUUUUAAGGACACUGGUGAAAUAUCCAUUAACAAUGCGCUUAGAUAUUUCUAUAUAAAUAUGGCAGCUUGAUAUGCACUGUAAAUGACACACUGGACAUCUCCAGACAGGUUUUGCUUUGUCAAGUCUCAUGUGAAGUAACUGCUGUCAAGCUCUUGCUCAGAAAUUCUGUUUAUAUAAUAGUACCAACAUAAGCAAACUUCAACAGAGGUGGAAACAGAUGACCACUGUCUGUUUUAAUGUGUGCACUGGGCAGAGUAUGCUUGCUUAACCAGCAUUAGUUUAUGGGAGAAGAUAUACAAACAACGAGCUCUGUUUUAAAGCUCUUUGGGACCAGAGAGGUAUCUCGAAAGGAGAUAAAUGAGUUGGUGAUCAACCUUCUGUAAAUAUUUAUAGAAUUCUUUACAGGGCAAAUUAGCAACUUUUCUAUGGUCAUGAACGCUAUACUAGCGUUUUUAUAUAGGAUGGUCUAAAGUUGGUUAGCCUGUUUCAAAUCCCCCUCUAAUUCUAGAGAAAUACAAAGAGGUCAUGUAAAUGGAGUUUUUGUCAGUUGUAAAUAGCCUAUGUGAAAUGUCAUGUUUUAUAUGUGGCUUAGUUGUGAUGUUGAAAUAAGCUUGGUAGCAGUACAUUUAGACAGAUGUGUCAAUGUUUGUCUAGCAGAUAUUUCUGAUGUGAUUUAAAAGCUGAUCUUGAACUGGCUCUCAUGCAAAAAAAAGUACAAUGCCUCAUUCCAUCUAAUGUAGCGUUUCAAAAAGGAAACAAUAUGAAAUCCCUCAGUAACUCAAUUGUGUGAGUGGUGUGGCUCUCACCAUUGAUCAGAACUGUGUCUGGCUGGCACCAGUGGACUGGGAAUGCACAUGGUAUUACCACGGAAAGUAUCUCCUUUUCACAGUGGGAGAAACAAGACUCCAAGGGAGGGCAGAUGCAGGACACAACCUCAAUUUAGAAAACUGAGACGCUGACUUUAAACUAGGAUGUGAGAAACUAAACAUGCCCCUAACCCCACAGGUCUAAGCUCAGCUUAUUGCUCCAGCCUGCAUCUCUGCUGUAAAAAUACACAAAUUAAACCAUAGUUACCAUACCCUCUGGAUAACAGUCCUCUUACAUUGACACAUCAAGAUGGACCUGGGUGCAGCCGGCAAGGAAUUAAUUAAGCCAGAUAAAAUGACAUUUGACCACCCAGUAAAAUCAAUAAAUAUAUUUUAUUAUUGUACAUUGGAAUGUCGAUAUGAUCCCAGAGACAUUGGAAUUUGCAUUGCACUUUUGCUCCAGGGAAGCGUGCUGUUAUCUACAUCCACUUGCUAUUAUCGGCCGAUGGCUCUCUCUGUCCCUGCUGAAUAGACAACAUUAUCACGGUAUCUGCAGGAAGGUACACAAACUACAUCCUGGUACCUUCCUACUUUAUAAAUAAGCGUGUCGUAAAUGUCUAAAUAGUUUGGAAAAUACAUGGUUGGCCUGUGUAUCCGAUUCUUAGGAAUUUACCUUGCCGAGCUCUGGAAAAAGUUCUUCGACAGCAAUAUCCAUCAGAACGUAAGUCAUCUGAGGGGCAGAGGACAGAAACGAGAGAAAACAGAAUGCAAAACGAGAGAAAACAGAAUGCACCAUGAGACCUUGGCUGCAGAGAAAAUUGUCUCAUUGGUUGGCUUUCAGCUUUACCUGCUUGUUAAGAAGUGGCUGCUGAAAACCAUCAAAGAGAAGCCUGAUGCCCUCGUAUUUGGCCUCCUGUCCGAUGCACUUUUCCACAAAGUCUAUGAGGUGAAAAGACAGAAAGACAUCAAUACAGUACAACUGAGGCCCACUUUAUCCAUAAAAACAACUAUACCUUUGGCAGGUGAUUCCAUCAAAUGAUUACUAUUUCCAUGGAUGAUGCCAUUGCACUUGUUCAACAUGCAGCGUUUCUGCCAGGACAUGCUUUCGAAAGUAGGACCAGGCUUCCAGAGAUUAGAAUGAAACUGAUAAUAAAAUCAGGGAGUGUUCCAAAUGGCACCCAAUUCCCUUUAUAGUGCACUACUUUUGACCAGGGCCCAUAGGGGCAUAUGCACAGGCAAUGGGACUUAUUGAAAUGAUGAAAUUGAAAAUAUCUGGGCUUGGAGAAAACUAUUCUCUGUGUCUGGAUGUAAUUUGUCAACACAAUGUAACAAAAAGGAACUUGCUCGGUGGCUAAUGAACUGUGGUUAAGACAUGAAUCCAUCAUGCUGAGAGCUAGAUAUCUUGUGUAGAGAGUGCAUACUGGAUCUGUGCAACAGUUGGAAGCAGAUGAAUACGGCAAAAGAAUACUAGAGAAAAUAUCAGUUGUCAGCCAAUGCUUGGUAGCCUGAGUUCCAGUCUGUUUGUAUAAUAAUUUGGUGGGUGCUUAUAUUUUCUUAUAUCAUGUGUGUCAUGCCAUGACCAGGCUAAAAGCUUGGGUCUAACCUGGCAAAUAAUUAAUCAUCUCUUCGAAUGCCUUCUUGGCUCUUCUCUGCUUGUCUCCUGUAGCGAGUUCCUCACUGGUCUCACAGAACACAGCAUCUAAGAUUGGGCAGAAAACAUCAUCAUGAGUCUGGGAGAAGUGGAUCAAGGCAAGGCAAUUACAGAACUUAAUGGACAGGAAUUCACAACAACAACAUAGUGAGAUUGGCUAAGCACUGAAGUGGAACAGCAUAUCUACAGUGAUUGUGUGUAUUUCCCCAAAACCCUUUGGUGGAGCCUUAAGAAGGAAAUAGGAGGGGUCGGGGAUCAAAAACAGUCAAAAGGUUUAUAAAAGGAGGAAACAUUACUGAAGCAAAACGCACACCGUACCUCUGAGCAUGGUGACGAGAGAGACGACAUGGUGCUCCUGCAGGAUCAUGUCCAGUUUGUGCUGGAUGUAGUUAUCCAUGUAGGCUUCCAGCGUGUUCUUGAACAAGAUCCGUCCCCCUGACAGGAUGUGGUGCAACCAGUCUGGCAUGUGGAACACCACUCGACCUGUCGGUCAAACAAUCAUUUCAUGAAAUGUAUUUUGUUACAUGGGCAGUUGUCACAAACACAGUCUCUCAACACAGCACCAAACACAAUGAGAAGAAUCAUGGCUGGGUAACCGGUGUGGGUCUGACAGUCCUGACAUGCAAACCUUCCUUCAACUAGCGCUGUGACGGUCACAAUUCUGUUGGUACACUUGCUUGCAUGAAUAUGGUUCUUAAUAAAAAGCUAUUUUAAAAAGCCAUUACACUUUGUUAUUAUCAUCAUGCCCUUUCAUUAUUAUUAUUAUUCAGGUUACUUAUAAAUAUGAAUCAACAAAUUAAGAAAUGCCAGGUUGGAGAGUGUGUCGCAUUUUCGUAUUGACAACAUUAAUGGAGACAAAAUAAAUAUAUAUGCCUA